AUCAAUGAAUCUAACAGAAUUGAAUCAAUCCAGUCUCUGUGAGCAGUUUUCCUGUUCAGAGAGAACUUUAUCUCCUGCAGUUUAUUUCUUACUGUACGUAUGUGCAGCAGUUGUGGUUCUACUAACCGUUUGUGGAAAUCUACUCAUUAUCAUCACUGUGUGUUACUUCAGGCAGCUUCACACACCUACAAACAUGCUUGUGCUCUCUCUGGCUAUAUCAGAUUUCUUGGUUGGACUUUUUGUGAUGCCAUUCCAUUUCACAUGGCUGAUUGAGUCGUGUUGGAUGUUUGGACACAUUUUUUGCAUCGUGUUCAAUUUUUUUAGUUUCCAGCUCACGAGUGUGUCAGUGGGAAAUGUGGUUCUAAUCGCUUUGGAUCGUUACAUGGCUUUAAGUAAUCCAUUUCUGUACCUAAAGGAUGUUACAUCUACAAUUGUUAACACUCUGAUAUGUUUGUCGUGGGUGUUUUCAUUUUUGUACAACUUUGUGUUUUUUUAUAUGAACAGAAACUUGACAGAUUUAUUGCUGUGUCCUGGUGAAUGUCAUAUCAAUCCACUGAAUGAAGCUAGCUCAUUAGUUGAUCUUAUGUUCAUUGUCAUCAUUCCUUGUGGUUUAAUGCUCAUUUUAUACUUCCAGAUCUUUGUAAUUGCGAGAAAGCAUGCAACCGCUAUACGAGAACUUAAUCAAACUAUAAAAGAUUUUUCCCAAAAUAUCUCAGAUGCAAUGAAAUCUGAAAGAAAGGCUGCUAAAGUGCUGAGUAUUCUCAUUUUUGUGUUUCUGGCAUGUUUGGUGCCAUAUUAUAUCUGCACUUUAAUAAAAAGUAACUCGCCAUCAUACAUCAUGAAUGAUAUUUUAAUUCUUUUUUAUCUGAAUUCAUCUGUUAACCCUGUAAUCUAUGCCCUGUUUUAUUCCUGGUUUCAGAAAUGCACAAAAAUGAUUUUAACUUGCAAAAUACUUCACACAGAUUGUUCUAUUGUGAAUGUACUAUAA